CAUGUUCAGAGAGGGGCAGGAGAGAGACGGUGAAAUCACACGGAUACAGCACGCGCUCCCUUCUUUUUAUCCAUCAGUUCGACCAUCACCCCAUCUUCAGUCGCAGAGGAUCGCGUUUUCAAUGACAGAGCCGCAUAUAUCCUGGCCAUUGGAUGAAGUUGGAGUUUUCUUCACAAUGUGACCGUUCUCCGCGAGCGAGUGCUUUUCCCCUGUUGGAUUUGGAGUAACCUUAAUCGAUAUAAGAAAGCCCUUCAGAAUGGGCAAACUUCAGUCGAAACAUGCGUGUAAGCGCAGAGAAAACCCCGAAGGUGAUAGUUUUGUGGUGAACGCCUUCCUGAGGAGAGGGAUGGAGGAGUGUGAGCGCUACAGCGCAGCUGACCACAAGCUGAAGACUAUGCAGGAGUUUCCAAAUGGAGAGCUGAAGGAGGGGCAGUUCAUUGAUCAACACUGUCCCCUAGAGGUGGUUCUUCCUCCUGAGAAAGGCGAGGGCUGUGAGAGUUACCUGCAGUACAUGCACACCGAGGACGGAGAGCGGGAGAUGAUCAGAGACGCCACCAAAGCACCGGGCAAGAAACGCAUCAGUCUGGAUGACAUGGAGUGUGAUGUGUCUGUGGAGGAUGAUAACAGACAGGAGUGGGUCUUCACACUGUAUGACUUUGACAACAGCGGCAAAGUUACCAAGGAGGACAUGUCCAGUCUCAUGCACACCAUAUAUGACGUGGUGGAUGCGUCUGUCAAUAAUUCCUACCACAAUAAGAGCAAGACACUGCGCGUGAAGCUGACGGUGACUCCGGAACCCAGGAGCCACCGGAGGGAAACAGCAACAGACCGGGGUCACCAGGAGGAAGGCCGGUCUGCUGACAAGAGACACUCAACGUAUAUAAGCAGCAGAGGGCAGACCAUCGAAGCCCCCGCUGCAGAAGGACAACAUUACUGUGUGGAUGAAAACACAGAGAGAAGGAAUCACUACCUGGACUUGGCUGGGAUUGAGAACUACACAUCCAGAUUUGAAGGAACCCCUACCGCUGUUCCCCCUCAGGACCCCCACAUCAGAAACUCCCACAGCCAAAGUCGCUCCCGGUCCCACGAACCAGAGACACAAGUGGCUCACCAGCGCCGCUCACAGGUCAUCAGCGAUAACUACAACCCUGCAGAUUUCCGUGGCAAAGGAGGUGCACAGUUUGUAAAAUCUCCCAAAGGAAACUACAAGGGAAACAACAACAGUGGAGGCAGCAAAACGGCCAAGUGCCACGGCCACCACACUGGUCAGGAUGUGUACCACCUGCCCCCCCAAGCUCAAAUCUCCAACCAUCACCAACACCCGCUACAGUACAGCCACAGCAAGCGACUUCGGGCCAAAAACAGGGAGUCACCAUCCAAAACGCCCCUCUCCCCUCAACCCCAGCACCCACAGCACCCUCAACACCCUCAGCACCCCCAGCCCGCGGUUCCCUCUGUUCUGCCCAGUGCGGAGAGAGAACCUGGGAGUCCCGGAUUUGUGGUUCCCGUGGUCCAACGUCACGAGCACCAUCAUCAUCACGAACAUCAUCAUCAUCACCACUACCAUCAUUACCACCAGACAUGACUGCCUUAAUAUCAGUAAGAGAAAACAGACCAACUUCCAUAGAACAAACUGAGGACUUCACAUCCCAUGGAGCACAACAGUGGACAUGUGUCUGGUUUUAGGGUAAAAAAAAAAUAUAUUAUCAUAUUCACCAUGAACGUUUUUGAAUAAAUAUAUUUUGGGGAGCCUAAAUAAGAAUCUGGCAAACCUUUUGGGACUAUAUACAAACUUCAGGCUGAUUUAACAAUGCAUUUUGAAUGUUGUCCUCAUAAAUAUUUGAUUCAUUUCUUAUUUUCUGUGCAUUUGUGCGUCAAUGUGCCUUCCAUGGAUGUGUGGUCUCUUUGUAAAUGUCUUUGGUAUAUCUAAUUAUAUACUGAAUGAAGAGUUUAAAGACAUGUCUGAGGCCAACCAGCUAUGUGAUAAUUAAUGAGCAUAGUGUAAUCCUAUUCCAUACCCCCCAAAAUAUUGCAAAGUUCAAAAUACACUGAAAUAUUAUGGGUUAUUACCUUUUUGGAAAUGGGAACAAUUAAAUAGGACUGCCCACUGUUGAACUCCUUAGGAUCAGUCUGGAUUUUUAUAUUCCUAUUGUCAAGCUAUAUUUGGAUGUAUGCUGGGAGUUAGUGAAGAUCGUUUAAACUAAAACUGAACUAGAAGGAUGUUUAUGAAGCUAUUGUUGUGUAUUAAGUCUAUGUGGCACAGUUUGUAUGAAUACCUGCUGGGACUGCAUCAUUAUUCAAGUUAUUUUGAAAACCAUAAAGCUACCAAGCUGAUGUUAUACUUUCCUUUUAAAGUGGGACUAAACACCAAAUCAGCUUUUUUGUUAAUGAACUGUGUAUAUGGUAUUUUAGUGGCAUAUAUCUACUGUUUCUAGUUAUUUUUUGCCAUCUCUUUGCAGACUACGAGAGUUUCACACCAGAAAAAAAAUCCAAAAGUAUUUUAAACUGUCUAACUUCUCUAUAGUUCUAUGGUUAAUAUCGACAUGUGUUCAUUUUCUAACACAGGCACAGCUUUAGAACAGCUUUGUUCAGGCAGUAAAGUGAAACUGGGGCUGUUAUUGUCCCUUAUUAUUAAUUGAAGACAGUGCGCAGUGUUCUCAUUUUGUUACCAAGUGCUGCUUUUACAAUAUACUGUACUCUUUAAAUUUGCUAAUUAACAAAAUCUUUACUCUCCCCUUUGUUCCUCUUGGCACUGCCCAGUUUAACAGCUCAGUUUUGACUGUGGUUGUGAAAAAAGUCUGUAAAAGUGAUGAGGUACAGUAGCAAAAAAAAUUUUAAUUUAGUGUUUAGUCCCACUUUAAAGCUACUGGUUAACAACCUUUGAAGCUAACUGUCAAACUAGAGGUUGUGUCGGUCAGUGGCACACAUUUCCAAAAACAUGGAUCUCAGGUGUAAAGGUGCUGCUGCUCCCAUGGUUACACAGGGGCUGGGGUCUUCUGGGGACGACCAGCUGUGGACUAAGGGACGGGAUGGGGUUGAAAUCACCACUGCCAGUUUUAAUGCAAAAAUACCUUGCUAUAUGUAUAAAAAAUCUAUAUAUGUAAACACAUUUUACUGUAUAAUUAUACUGUAUAUGCAUAUUUCAUCAUGAAUAUAAUUAUGCAUAUUUGUAUUUUGUCUUUUAUAUAUUUUAAUAAACAUUAUAUAGUUAA